AUGCCUCCACGCGCCUGCCUGCCUGCCUGCCUUCCUUCGCCUCCCACGCGCUACCGGAAUGUCCCAAGCGCCGCCAUCUUGGUCCAACCUCGAAAGAGGCACGGCCGGAAACGCUGGCAGCGCACUUCCGGUUCCUUCCUCAAUAGAGAUCCGAGCGUUGAGCCAAGGAAUGACAUCGUCCUCUUUCCCACCGCUAGGGGGAGCCGGAUCUGCGCAUGCGCUCUCUUUGUGGCGCCCACCCUCCUGCCAGCCUGCCGCCCGCACCUGCCGCCCGAAGGGAAGGUGCCUCCCUGCAUUGGGUCCUGUCACUUCACAUCCGGAUCCGGACGGGCGCCGGGGAGCCUUGAUGUGACACCGCGGAAGGGAGAGCGAGUCAGGCGGGGGGAGCGCAUGCCCCAGGCCCAGCGCUGUCCCCUCGGCACCCGUCAGGCAGGCACCAUGCGCGGCCCUCAUCCACAUCACUCCCAGGAGCAGCCUGCGCUUCAGUCACUGGACACUCAUCCAGUGGACCCGAAUGGAUGCCUCCUUCUCUGCAAACGGCUGCGUCCGGCCGGGGUCGUGGGGACCGAGCGGGGCUUGCCUGCUCCCUGGAGAGGGAGGCCAAUGAGGCCCUGGCCGCUCCUCCUCCUGCUGUGCCUCCCCCCGCUGGACUCCAGGACCCACCUCCAGGACCCGCCGGGCCCCCAGAAUGGCUCCGCCCCCAGCGCGGCCCCCGCCGAGACCCCCAGCCCCCCUCCGGCCACCUCCAGUGAAGCCCCCUCCCUCUCCCUCAACCUGGGCCUCAACUUCAAGUUCAAGGUCCGUAGCCAGGGAAAGGCUCGGGCGGGAGAGGGCAGCGGCAGUGGCAGCAGCGGGACCCCCAGCGCCAAGCCAAGGCUGGCCCCCACCCGGACCCCCGGCCAGGCUAAGACCCUGUGGCCUGAGGCCGUGGCCGGGUCGGGAUGGCCAGGUCCUGGAGCCGUCUCCGAGGACCCCCCUCCUCCUCCUCCGCCUUCCUCGGGGUCCGUCCUCUGGCCCUGGGGCUCCCCCACUCUCCGGCCCCCUUUGCCCCUUUGGCCGAAGCUGACCGAGAGAGGCUUGACCAUCCCGCUCAGUGGGGAAGGGGCCGCGGACAAGGAGGACGAGGGCAAGGAGCUGGAGUUCAAGAUCGACAUUGACCUGACGGCCGGGCUGGGCAAAGACGGGACCUCCAACGGGAGCAGCAGCAACGGCAGCAACAACGGCGGGAGGAGGUUCCCCAUCUUCCCCGGGUUCAGCCUCGGCAUUUCGGAGAUCGCCAGCAAACUGGGGGCUCCUGGUCUCUUUGGAGCCCCACUACCCUCCCAGGUGUGGGAGCCCCCCGAGUGGAACGGCACAGGAGGCGGGGAAUCCCCACCGACCCCCGAAUGGAUCCUGGGACCAGGGCUGGCGUCCAGCAUCCCGGGAUCCGAGGGGUCCUUUGCAGCAGCCCUACCCGGCUGCCUCCCUGGUGACCGCCCUGCGGACUGUGGGUCCCCGCUGCCGGCCCUCUCCUCUUCCUCCUGGCUGCUCCAGCCGUCGGUCCCACUCUUCGUGCCGCUGCAUUCGGACUGGAACUCAGCGCAGGCGGCGUGGGGCCCAGCCUGGGAGGCCCACGUCUUUGGGGCUGGCUCCCUCUUUGCCCUGAUGGCCUUGCUCUCGCUGCUGGCCUUGCUGGCCCUGCCCUGCCGCUGCCCGGCCUCUUGCAAGCUCCUGGCCCUGCUCCACCUGCUGCUGACCGCUGCUGGCGCAGCCAGGGCCUUGCUCCUCUUUGGUGAGGCCUGCGGGCAGCUGGAGCUCCUGCCGGACAUCGCCGUGCGGCUGCUUCACGACCUGGCCCUUCCGUGCCUGACCUCUGCCCUGGCCACAGCCCUCCUGCUGCUCUCCCGCCGCUCCCAGGCCAAUUCCUCCUCGGCUCGGGCCGCUCACCGCCUCCGACACCCAUGCCUCCUGGCCGGCCUGAUGCUGCUCCACUUCUCUGUGGCCACGGGGGCCGUUUUGGCCGCUGACCUGCUCCAGCAGUUCUCCUUCCUGCUCCUGGCGUCCAGGGGCCUCUUUGCCCUCCUGGCCGCCAUCCUCUCCUGCGCCCUGCUGGUCUUCCUCUGCGUGGCCAGAGUGGACAAGACCCAAGCCUACGACCUCAAGGCCACCUCGUGUCCCCAGUGUCCCUUCGGUGAUGUCCGGCGGUGGAAACGAGCGGCCAGAGUGGCCGUUCUGUCUGCCUUCUUUGGCCUCCUGACCACCGGCUUGCACUCCUACGCCAUUCUGCAUGCGCUGGGCUUUGGCCUGAACUCCGAGCUCUUCAGCCCCUGGCCUUGGUGGGCCUUGCAGCUGGCCGGACGCCUCUGUGAGGCCGGAAUGGGUCUGCCCUUGGCCUGCUUGGGCCUGUGUCCACUCUUCUGCUCGGCCUCCGAACCUUGGUGCCGCUGCUGCCGCUGCUGUUGCAGGGACCGCUCUCCGGACCACGGCGGAGCCAAAGCAGCCAAGGCCCAGCUACUGCCCAACAACUUCCAGUGGUCACUCUCCCAACACGAGAAGCUGGUCAUCUGCGACACCGUCAUCGCCCGCAGCGAGUCGGACUACCUGCCGCUCUACACAGUGUCUGAUGCCACUCCGGACACCAGCCUCGACCCCACGGUCGACUUCCGCCCUCCGUCGCCCAUUGACCUCCGGCGGAGCAUCGACGAAGCCUUGUGCGGCGAGGGCUUCUUCCCGGAGGGGGGUCCGCUCUACGCCCCCAGCACCUUCUCCCUCUGCUUGACCUCCAUGGGCAGCGGCCCCUCCCGGGUGUCCUCCUGCCUGGAGCUGGAGCCUUCCACCACAACCGUGGCUGCAGGGGGCUCCUCGGUGACCCUCAGUGUGCCGGACACUCCGAUGUCCUCCCCAGGGCCCUGGAGGGGGGCCAGCACCGCCUCCAUUGCCAGCAGCAGCGGCAAUGGGUCUCCUUGCAAGCACUGCUCCACCGCCGAGGAGGAAGACCCCUCCUCCUCCUUGCCCGUGGCCCCCGACCCAUCUAACGAGGAGAGCCCCCCACGGUCCCCCCCUCCGCCCGGCCGGCAGUUCUGGGUGCUGACCCCUGUCUCCCAGCACUCUCUGGCAUCCAUGGCGGAGGGUCAGCCGGCGGUGGACACGGCCCUCCUGCAGAAGGAGUUCAUGGCCGUCUGCCGCCAGAUCGACACCCUCAGCGUCAGCAGUGAGACCAUCGACUUGUAGCCCCGAAUGGACCCCGGGGACCCCCGUUUUCCCGCAUCCUCCUCUUCCAGGCAUGUGCAAUCGUGACUUCUGGGAGGGGACAUUGACUUGCUCCCUUGUGGGUCUCCCGGGCUGGACCAUCGGAGGAUGGACAUCUUUGGUGGCAGAUUGCAGAGGACCAUCAUAUCAGCAUGUUGGGAGGGUCACCAAAGGUCAUGCAGUCCAACUCUCUUCCCAAAGGCCGUGCAGUCCUGAUUCUGGGAGGGGACAUUGACUUGCUCCCUUGUGGGUCUCCCGGGCUGGACCAUCGGGGGAUGGACAUCUUUGGUGGCAGAUUGCAGAGGACCAUCAUAUCGGCAUGUUGGGAGGGUCACCAAAGGUCAUACAGUCCAACUCUCUUCCCAAAGGCCGUGCAGUCCUGAUUCCCAAAGGUCCUGAUUCCCAACAGGGUUGGAGAUGCUCUCCUUCAUGGCCUCAUGGGACACCAUUGAAUCAUGGGCUCUGAAGGGUCACCCAAGGCCAUCUAGUCCAUCCUGUGCAAUCUUGGGACUGCUGCCUCUUGGUCCUGUGGAACAAUGCCCAGCCCCACUGUGGUCUGGACCUUUGAGGAGUACAGAUGUUCCUGACUUUGCAACAACCUUUCUGCAGGAACAUGGGAUUUGCUUAUUUGAUAGGUUGGUGGGCCAUUUGACGGCAAAGAAAACCAUAGAAUGACCAGAUUGGAAGAGGCACCAAAGGCCAUCUAGUCCAACCUCCUUCCAGGCAUGUGCAAUCUCAGUGUUGGGCUGUUGGAGGCAUUGACCUUUUAGCAAUCCACGAGGUUCUACUUUUUGAUGCAUUGGUGAGGGAUGUGGUGGCAGAGAAGACCAUUGAAACAGAGACUGAGAAGGGACACCAAAGGCCAUCUAGUCCAUCUUGUGCAAUCUUGGAGCUCCAUGGAGCAAUGCUCAACCACCUUUGGGCCAUUAAGAGGCAUAAGGACCUCCACUUUGUGUGGACCUCUUUUGCAGAGUCGUGGGGUUCUGACCAUCGAAUCAUGGAGUCAGAAGGGACACCAAAGGCUAUCUAGUCCAUCUUGUGCAAUCUUGGGGCUCCAUGGAGCAAUGCUCAACCGCCCUUGGGCCAUUAAGAGGCAUAAGGACUCCCACUUUGUCUGGACC